UGCCUCGUCUCGCAGCCUUCGUUUCCAACUCUUGGGUUUUGCUUCAGAUCGUGAUGCUAUGGUUUGCAUGUGGAUCAAAAAUAUGGCACCCUGGUAUGAAAUCCCACGGGACGUAUCCUCAGCAGCAAAUGAAGCUAAAAUGGGAUGGGCAUAUUUGAAGAGAUGCACGCAAAGUGGGUCGAUGAGGAACAGGCGGCGGAUUUGGUUGACUGCAGAACGGAUCGAAAAACUGGCAAAUCAGAUGGGAGUAUGAGACUGCCACGUCUCUAUUUCGAUAUUUCGAUUGCUGGAUGCUGAGUACAAGAGUACCCCGCCCUUACCGUGGCCUUCCCAU